AUGGAGUGCACCUGCUGGAAAACUGAUAGUCGCUUCCGGGGUCUGGAGGACUUCCGCAACGUAAACCGUCACUUCCGGAGGACGGAGGGUCGCUUCCGGGCGCUAGGAGGGUCUCUCGGCCCACGCCGCUGCGCAUGCGCAGCUGCAGCGCUGUCACGGGCGUCACUGCGCAUGCGCGUGUCUCGGGUCGCAGGACCGCAGUUUGUCCACAUGGCGGCGGUACCGAGCACCAGCUAUUACCGGGCACGGCCGUUCCGGCUCUUCGCCACGGGAUGGCGCUACCGGCUAUCGGCCAUCGACAGGGGCUGCGGUACCGGCUCUUCGCCACGGGAUGGCGCUACCGGCUAUCGGCCAUCGACAGGGGCUGCGGUACCGGCUUUUCGCCACGGAGCGAAGGCACCGGAAGGCCAGGGCUUCAGCCCCGCAGCACUUCACCCUCUCGCCCAGACCCAACCGCAGGCGCUCACCCCGAGCCCAGCAGCUGGAAACGUGGCCCGAGGCACAAAGGAGAUGGUGAAUGGUUGUGCCUUUACGUCCGAUAGAAAUGCCAGCGGGCAGGUCCAGAGCCGUCAGUGCAUUGAGGCCGUCAUCAAAUUCGCCUUCGAGGAGAGGCUCUUCCUCAUGGCUGACGAGGUGUACCAGGACAACGUGUAUGCUGAGGGUUCGGCCUUCCACUCCUUCAGGAAGGUGCUGACAGAGAUGGGGCCGCCCUACCUGGACUCGGUGGAACUCACCUCCUUCCACUCCAUCUCCAAAGGCUUCACGGGCGACCCGUCAUGGCUCGGGGUGGACAGUGUAGACCUCGACCUCACAGAGAGUGAACUGCUCCUCCCGGCCCAGGAUGGUGACGGUGACGGGUGCCCUAUUGCUACGCGCCUAUUGCUGCGCGCCACCCUCCGCUCGCCCUGCACCCCCCUGCGCCUGCUCUGCCGCGACUUCCACGCCGAGGAGCUCUCCGUCUCCACCGUCGUCUCCCUGCUGGACUCCCUGGAGCCUGCCGCCGUCUGCAGAGUUGUUUCACGCUUCAACAACCUGGGGCUGGCGGGGCUGUGCGCAGUGCUGCCUCACCUCAGCCGCUUCCCCGCGCUGCGCAGCCUCAAGCUGCCCUACAGCAACGUGGACGUGCGCCGCACGGCCCCGGGCACGGACGCCGGCAUCCGCUGCUUGGCCGCUCACCUCCGGGCCCUGCCUGCCCUCAAGGAACUCGAUUUGUACUCCUCCAGGCUUUCUGGGAGACUCAGGCAGCUCCUGGGCGAGCUGCAGACUCCCCUGGAGAGUCUGGCGCUGGCCUUCUGCUGCCUGCUCCCCUCCGACCUCAUCUUCCUGUCCUCGAGCCUCCACGCACCCUCCCUGCUCCAGCUGGACCUGAGCGGCCACAACCUCACGUCCCCCAGCCUCCUGCAACCCUUGCGGACGCUGCUGGAAGCCGCUUCGUGCUCGCUGCUGCAGCUGGAGCUGCUGGAGUGUCAGCUGGGGGACGCGGAGCUGGAGCUGCUGCUGCCGCCGCUGCGCCGCUGCCGCCGCCUGCGCUGCCUCGGUCUCCUCGGCACCCCCCUGAGCGCGGCGGCGCUGGGCGGCCUGGCCCGGCCCUGCGCGGCCCUGCCCGACCUGCGCCUCGUGGGCUACUCGCAGCCGCCGCGGGGCUCCGGCCACCACACCCCCACGCAGGGGGAGGAGGGUUUCCCGGCGGAGCUGUGCCGGCUGCUGGCGAGCGCGGGUAGAGCAGACGCCGUGUGGACGACCAGCCUCCAGCGCUACGGAGCCAUCGACUACUUCAGCUUGUAGCAUCCCCCCCCCAGGGAAGCUUCACCUCGGGGCGCUGUGCCGGGCUCUGGGCUGUGCCACUCGGUUAUGGUGAGUUCAUUAAAGCCAACCCCACCUUGCCCGAUUAA